UGAACAGUGUUAGAAGGCUUAUAGUUUUUGUUUUGGUCUGGCAGCAAGUGUCAAAUUUGUCAGGCAAAGACUUCGUAUUUUCUUGAAUUAUCACUCUUUGAGGGUUAAGUUUUACUUGCUGAGGUGCUUGUAAAGUCAUGGAUUCUGAUGGACUCCCUAUGAUAGGGGCGGGCGUUGAUUACACUCAAGUUGGAGCUAUACAUCAAAAACGAACUCUAGCUUUCAUAAAUUACUUUAUUACCAAUACUGUAUCAUUUUUAAAUAAUUUCUCAAGAUCUUGUGAAGUACGUCUUCAAAAAUACAAUGCCAAAUUGCAAAGACUAGAAGCAUGUAUGGAAAUACUGGAGGCCAAACUGUCAUCUAUUCCUGGCUUGGAUGAUGCAUCGACCAUAGUUGACAAAUCAGAAGCUCCAGGUGUACCUUUGGAAAAUAGUAAUUCAACAGCUGUCGCAGCUGAUUUAGCACCUUCAGAUCCAGUUGUUAUCAAUGAGAUUGUAACAGGUGAACUACCACAGGUCCCUGAGAUGACUGACGGAAUGGUGUUUGCUAAAGAUGAUCCCACCUACAAGAAAUUCUUCAAAAUGUUGCACGUUGGUGUUCCUGAGCCUGCUGUGAAAUUGAAAAUGCAAGCCGAGGGAUUGGAUCCUAAUAUCCUUAACAACCCUGAACAAUUAAUUCCAUCGUCCGUGGAUGAAGAGGCCUGACAAAUUGGAUUGUGAUAUUGUUAGAAUUUACUUUUUAUACUAAAUAUUAAAAGUUUACACCAUCAAAAGGA